GAGUCGCGCGAAGACUAGAGUUAAAGAGCCUUACGCUUUCCAUUUCCAUCCUUCACGCACCAAGAACCAAACUUCCGAGCAACGAGAGCUACGCACGCAGCAGUGGAACAGAGCCUCCGCCUUUUUUUGAGUCGACUCAAAAGCAGUGAAAAUAAGGCCUCCGCAGCCCACCUGUAAUCCAUCUAGGACUCAGAAGCAGUGGAACAGAGCCUCCGCCUUUUGAGGCUCCUAUAAAAUUGCAGCAUCUGAAUAGAGUCUCUCCGCCAUCGUCUCUCGGCGUAGCACUUGAGAGCUUUUUGCCAAGCUAGGCCGACCUUCUGAGUAAAAUGUUUAGUCAGUUCGUUUGCGAGCUCAAUGCAAAGCCGACUUCGUAAGUCAGUCUAUCAGCGACUUCGAUAGCGAGCUCUGUGCACAGCCCGACGCCUUAAGGAUUCCCGAGGAUGGCCAGUAUGGAAGCCAUCAUUAUCGAAGCCGCCAGUAUCGAAGCCGCCAGUAUCAAAGCCGUCAGUACCGAAGCCGCCAGUAUCGAAGCCGUCAGUAUCGAAGCCGACACCAACGCGUCGUCGCGCCAUGGCAUCGCGUCUGCUCACGAGCGCGAACCCGUGUCUGACAUCUGUCGCUUGCCGUUCGAGCUGCUGGCCCGUGUGAUCAGCCAUCUGCCAUUGGCUGACAGGGCGCAUGCUGCCACGUCAUGCGCCCUCAUGCGCCACGCUGUUGACAGUUUCUAUUCACCCCUCCACCCCCCUCCCAGUCUGCUCCCUUCCCUCACAUUUCUGGACCUCAAGGCGGGCAGCCCCUGCCUCGACGACGCUGCGUUUGCUGCUCUCUGCCGCAGACUGGGGGCUGCUGGGGUUGGAGCGGGGUUGGAGCUUGGUCAGCCGCUGGGGACCGCCGGGGUUGGGGAGGGUGGGGAAUGGGAAGAGGAAGGGGGAAAGAAAGGGGGAGACGAGCAAGGCGCUGGUGUGGAGAGCGUGAGAGAUAUGGGUGGCAGGAGAAAGAGCUGCUUGCGGCGGCUGGAACUGGACUGUUGGCAUCUGAGUGACAGGUGCACGUCGCUGCUGCCAGAGAGCAUAGAGGAGCUGGCGCUGUGUGGGGCAGACAAGCACACAGACGCCCUUAUUCAGGGCCUGGCAGACAGGCUCGGCCCGAACCUGACCAAGUUCGCCUUCUCUGGUUUCAGCCGGUCCAUCGGCUCUGACUCCUUCGUCUCUCUCCUCUCCGUGUCUCCCUGCCUCGCCUCUCUUGCCAUCGACGCUGGGGAGGGGCUGCACGUGGGCGCUGUUGUGAUGGCGGCUGGGAGUUUGUGUCCCAACCUUAGAGAGCUGAGCGUGUAUGACAUCUCUAUGGAGACGCUGGUCUACCUGUCCACAUGCCACCUCCCCCACCUGACCCGAUUCCGCCACAAGAGGCGGCAUGAGUGGGGCAUGGGGUUGACUGACGCCGUUGUGAUGAGGAUAGUGCGGCUGUGCCCCAAUCUGGAGGAGCUGCUGCUGGUGGAUAAGGCGGAGGGGGUGGGGCACGGCAGAGGGGACGAGGUGAGAGAGCAGGGAUGUGAUUUAUUGACUUGCUGGCCCUAAUGGACGAGGUGAGAGAGAGCAGGGAUGUGAUACAGGUCCUAAUGGACUGAGUAGGAUAGGCCCAUCUAGGCAUGAUACAGGUGGGGUACGGGGGUGACUGAUGCAGUGAAGAUGCUAAGGGUGCUGCUUCUCCCACGUCCCUCAGCCUUCGUCUACCCUUCCACAUGCCCUUGACCAUUCACCAUCAGCAGUUUCGAACAGACGAAGGCCU